AUGGCUAUAAACCAUGGCAUGCAUGCAGAAUUUGUUGAGAGAUGGCAUUUAGAGACGUCAUCUUUCCAUAUUUCUAUUGGUGAGAUGACCAUCAAACUAGAUGACGUCUCAUGCCACCUACAUCUUCCCAUCAGGGAAAAAUUAAUAGAUCGUGGAAGGCUAGGUCGAGAGGAAACUGUGAAGUUUAUGGUCACCCAUUUAGGAGCUGACCCCAUUAAGGCCGCAAAUGAGGUAGCUGACACAAGAGGUGCUCAUGCUAGGUUUAAAUUUUUGGAAGAGCUUUAUAAAGAUCACCUGCAAUGGGGUGAGGAUUUCAUAGGUGGUGAUAUGCAGGUUGACUACCAUCAAACUUAUGCAUUGAGGUGUUACAUCUUAUUCUUGGUUGGCACUUCCAUUUUUGUGGACAAAAAUGCAACCUAUAUCGAUGUGGUCUACCUUACUACUUAA